GUAAAUAACAUAUCAAAGGUUGUUUUUUAAAGGUCGAUAUUUAAAAGUAAUUAAAACUAUAUAAGCUGUAGCGACUGCAGAGACAACAUGCGUCUGAUGAGUAAUAAUGCCUGAUCUUGAUAGUUUUUAUCCAUUCGGUUGAUUGACAUUAUUGUUUCUGUUUGCCUAAUAUUAAUCAACCUUCAAAGCUGAAUUACGAUGUUCAAAUGGCGCGUGCAGACACCCCCUCCCAAGCGCAGAGCGGGGUUGAGGCUUCCUGUAUCGAGAGGGGGCAUGGAGGGGUGUUUGAAAGAUUGUUCAGGGUGCGUGCCAAACUUGGAUCCAACUUAUUUGUCAUCGGCUGUGACUCGUAGCGUGGCUAGUGAUGUAUCCAUAGACAGUGCCACAUCUGUGAUGGCCAAUGCUUCAGAAGUCGAUCUUGAUAGCAAUAUGGACGGUGGUCACGUCCACGAAGAUGUGACGUCGAAGACGACGGCGUCGGCGAAAUCCAGUUACGGUGCUCUUAAUGAAGAGUACAACAUUGAUGGCGAUGUUUGUGAUAAUCAGAGGCACGAUAGUUUAAACAGAAGCGAUUCUCAGGGUUAUGAGACUUACGGAGUUGGAUUUGAGAGUUUCAGCAGCGAUGCUUUUGGAGACUUAACCGCUGUUUUGGAGGAUACAGAAGAGCUAGAUGAUGACGACGACUACGAGGAUGAUUUCACUGAUGAUGAAGAGGAUAUCGGAGAAUAUUCGCCAAUGUUACCAACCCCAUCAUCAAGGAAAUUAAUGAAGUAUCCUCGGAUUGAGGAAGAUGAUGGUUAUGGUGAUAGCUUUGAUUAUAGUGGAAAGACAGAAACAAACCAAGAGGAAUAUGAUGAGGAUGGGAGAAUUAUUCGUUCGAGUAGUCUUUCUCGACUACAGGACGAAGAUGAAGAUAGCAAUAACAAAAGCCACGAUGGAGAAGACUACCAAAAUCAAUCUUCACCGAACGGAGCAGUACCUCAUCCUGGUCAUCGCUACUACACUCCUCAACCAGCUAAGAGGAAGGCCCUAAAACCUAACCCAUCGGUAAAAACUAACAUCACUAGCAAGCCACAAAUCUCGCAGAAACCCCAGACACCCCCUGUCCAGGAACAUGGCUCCAGACAACCGAAGCUCACCCUUACGAUCCCUAAACGAACAGGAACAUUCGGAGGCCCUAGCCCGGACUCUGGAGAGCAGACCGGAUCGUUGGAUACCAGUUUUGACAGCGGUAAUGGAAGCGCCAGUGCUGGAAUACUGACGAAGCGAGCCUUAAAACCACCAAGCGCCCAGGUCAGAGCAAGCAUCGCCAAGACUAAUAGUACAUCAAGCACACCCAGUACGGCAGGAAGUGUGUUUACACCUGAAGGGCUCCGAGUUACGCCGGAAUAUGACGACGGAGAACCCAUUCAACCAAAGAGGAAGGCACCUACUAGGCCUCCUGUUGGUCGCCGGAAGUCUGACCCGUCAUGUAACUCUCGAAUCAGACGAGCAGCCGCUGCCAAUAAAGAAAGUAUCAACGAUUUUGACGAUGAAAAUAUGAAGCCUCGAGUAUCUCGCAAUAGGACCCUUGAGGGAGGGAUAUCACCAUCUGAGAUGGAGAAGUACAGCGGGAGUCGUCAUCGUUAUUUCACCCCUCAACCAAGCAGACGGAAGUUUAGCUUUCGAGAUGGUCAGGGUCGUGUGGCUUCUGGGAACAGUUCACCUGCUUCUACCUUACAACAUCCUCCUCAAUAUUCCAGAUCCCCUGUCGAGCGUCUUGCGAAUCAGAUGCGGAGUAAUAAACAGCUUGAUCGACCACCAAGCUCUGAGGCAAUGAGUCCAGAGACCACUCCAGUGAACUCUCCAUUGAAGAAACCAAGAACACCAACAAAAGCAGCACCUCCUCCUCCUACUACUCAGGCAGCCAAGCCAGAACCCUACGACUUCGUUACUGAUGAAGAAGUCAAUGUUGCUCAAAAGCAUGUAGGUGGUGCUCGUCGUGCCCGUUCAAUGAGUGGAGGAUCCAUGCAAUCUAUUAAACGGCGACCCCUCCCAUCUGUGCCACAUCGACCUAGGUCAGGAUCAGCCUCAAGAGCAGACAAGGAUAUACCUACCGUUUCAAACAAAGCAAUUCAACGAAAGCGACGCAAUCGGCAAUCAGCACCGGCUGGUCGAGUGGCUAGUAUUCUGAUUGACUCCAACACAUCUCUUCACAACGCCGCAGCACAUUCUGUUCCAGGUGAAAAGAGAAGAGAAACAUUACGUGAGGAACUCCUCCGAUCUUUGGUGGAUGGUAGUCCUAAGAGUGCAACUUUACCUGUUAAGAUGGACGGAACGAAUAUUGAUGGUGACAAGAUCAACGGCAUGAAACAAGUAGAAAACUCCUUGAAGGUCAACAUGGUUCGACAAAAGUCAGGUUACGAUGAGCCAGACACGGCGCCUCGAUUCUCUCCUUUGCCGGAAAAGAAAAAAUCUUUCUCAAAUGGUGGCAACACACCCUCUCCUCCGUCAACACCGACUGGCUCACCUUCAAGACAACAUCCUAGAAGAAGACGAAACAAAAGUUCUUUGAGUAGCUUGGUUUCUGUACCCAAGAGUCUUGUGGCAAGCAACGAAUUCCUCAACGACAUUCUGCUUAGUGAUCGAGGCUCACAUAAAAAGCUGAAAGCCGUUGUAGGGUUCCUGGUUGGACUCAUCCUAGGUGGCCUCCUUUUCUUAGGGCUCUACUACGGCCUCGACUAUCCAAUAUAUCCUGCUCUUAUCAUCGCCGUACUCGGGACUGCAUUCAUGGCACUAUGUCUCGCCUUUACUGUACGUGCAAGGUGUGUUGCUGCCCUUAUGGUGCCAACAAUCUGUACCUCAAGAGGGCGGGCUGCCUUCCUGACCUUUAUCGUAACCCUCCUACUCCGUGGACCUAUUCACAACAUCUACCUGAACUCCAACGAAGUUUCUGACUCGAUGAGCUGCAGUGCACAGCUCGCUUACAACCAGUCCCGUGAAGUACAGGAAGCAGCACAACGUGUCCUAGAUGCUUAUGUCAGGGGUCUCCUAGACAGUGUAGAUCGAAUCCAAAGUUCUGUAGCUCAGGUGCAAAAAGUUUUUGAACCGGUUGAAGAUGGUCUAAACGUACUCAAUCAAGGACUCGAUCAAGCCUCAGAGGCGCUCCGCCGGGCUGCAGCCAGUUGCACUGAUAUCAUUACAGGAACUCAUACAGCGUGUGUCUCCUCCAUUGAUAACGUGCGUUCAAGUUGUGCCGAUUUCUUGUCGCAGCAAAAUUUGUUCGAGUCUGUAGGUGGAGUCUGUAACAUCUUCGAAGCACGACCAUUAUGUGCCAUUCUGAACAUCGAUUCUGUCUGCGUUGUACCUGCUUACGUGGAUGAUUCUAUAGAAGAGUCAUUGGCAGGCACUCGGAGGGCCAUACAGAUAGUCAUUGAUACCUUCUCAGCCGAUGUGGAUGUUUCCCGAGCGUUCGAUCGCGACUUUAAUCAGAGCAAGACCGCUGAGAAUAUACAAGAAGCCAUUCAAGAGGAACUAGAAAGAGCUUACAGCAAGGUCGACUGGGUUCUGCUUAUUUCGGAUAAACUCUUGGCACUCACUUUCGUUUGGCUUUGCAUAAAGUCCUACAUCUACCACUCGAGCUACCGCUCUAAAGAUUCAUUUGAUAACCAUUACAUUACAGCUCAAUUCAAAAGGUUGGACACCGAUCGUAAGGAACGUGGAGUGUCGCAUAUUCUCCCUCUAAAGAAGCAUGAACGGAAUCAUCUCAUCGACGUGACCGAUUUACGUCUUAGCCGGACAGAAAAACGGUACCUAACCAUGGGUCUCUCAAGAGUUAUCCUUCACGUCGUCAUUGCAGGCAUCCUAAUGUUUGUAGAUUUCGGUCUCUACUGGCUAUUGAGUAAGAUUAAAGAACAUGGCCAAUAUGAAAUUGAGGUGUCGAGCGGAACGGGGGUCAAUAUACAAGGAAACGGCAUUCUCGCCAAUUUCAUCCGCAUGCUCUAUGUUGAUGGCUUCAACGCUACGGCUUUUAACACUACCAUUAACACCACUGUGUGUCUUCCACAGCCAAGUCCACCAAACAACAACAUGGCUGUUGCUAUAAGCUUUCUUUAUGCAUGCACCAUUAUCAUGGUCCUGUCUCAGGCAUACGCGCUCCGGUUACUCCGUUACAUUGCCGCCUAUUACUAUCCCGAACGCGAAGCAGAACGAACCAAAUAUCUUUAUGGACGCACUUUGCAGAAGCGCCAAACACUGAAGAAAAUGUUGCGCGAUGCAGUGAGAAUAAACAAGAAAGAGCAUGAUGCUAAUGAUCGUAUCAGUAUCACAGCGUACCUUGCUAGGAAAUUUUCUUGUUGUAAAUUGCUUCUAGGUUGCUGUGGAUUUAAAAAGUUGGAAUGUCUUGGGUGCCGGUGUCCUGAUGACGGUUACCUUGUGUAUUGCUCAGAUAGAGAAUGCGAUGGUGUAUACUGCGAGGAAUGUGCUCGCACAUUAAAGGGAAAAUGUUCCAUUUGUGAUGACAUUAUUAAUCUAGGACUUAAACCUCCAGAGGCGGAACACCAAUUCUAGAGAUUUCUCAUUCUGAAAUGAGUUACAAACUAUCAAAUUGCCCUGGUGCAGUGGUUCUGACUCUCGCCUUUAAGCAAUGGUUGUCUUUUUAAUCCUCCCGUUGGCCUAUAUAUCCUCCUUCAGCAAGGCGUUGAUCCACACAUGACUCAUCACCCAUAUAAAUGGGUACCCAAUAUGAGAAAAAUAGCCAGUGUACUAUGUCUAGCAAUUGAUUUUGGAAAAUAUCGAUGAAAUGUUCCCCUUGAAGUGAAGAAUGUUCUUACAUUGUGUAUGGGCAUGUCACAAUCCCCAAAUCGUGGUGAUUCUGUAUUAUCGCACUUAAAGACAUCGCGAUGUCUAACCCUAAUUAUCAUCACGUCCAAUAACUUAAAAGUCUAAUUAUCAUAUUUUAUAUAUGUGUUUCUCAUGUACUUCUUAGAAAUAAUGUUAUCCUGUAACCCUUGGUUUGAUAUUUUAUGCAAUCACAUAACAAACUGAAGAUUCGAUAAUAUUACAUUUACCAUGUUUACACGAAGGAAGUCGUUUAAUCGUAGGAAGUCUCUAUAAGAUUAAAACAAAAUUGAAGGUCAAUUUAUAAGAAACCACUGCGAUACAACUUUUCCUCUUCAAUACGCUAUGGAAUUAGUGGAUCGGCAUUGAACUGGUUUCGCUCAUACUUCAGUAAUCGUACUCAAAAUGUUGUUGUAAAUAGUACUCUUUCUCAUCCCUUUGUCCUUAGAUAAGGCGUUCCUCAGGGUUCAGUAAUGGGGCCACGGUAUUUCUCAAUGUACACAUCACCGUUAGAAGAUGAAAUAGAGAAAUGUGGUAUUAGCAGAAUGAAUGGGAAUGUUCCUGCUUACCUCCGUGAUUUGAUUCAGAAAUAUCAACCCAGUCGAAAUCUUCGUUCACAAUCAAAGGAUCUUCUCUCUUAAAUACGAGUAAAGUCCAAGAUAUAUGGUGAUAGAGCUUCUGGGAAAAUGGCACCAAAGUUGUGUAGCAAUCUGCCUAAUAAUAUAAGAUCAAUAAUAGAUUCAAAUAUGUGUUAAAACAUAUCAAGAAGCACAUGUAUUAGCCCUAUAGAAAACAAAAUUUUUUCUACACGCAUAUAGACUAUUUAUAUGGUUUUAUGCGUCUCUAAGAACUGCAUAUUAUUAUUAUUACAUCCUUCCAUAAGCUGAUUUAGUGAUUAUGGUGAUGCAACGCUUGUUCGGCCCAUUUCGUUUGCCUAUAUUAAUGUAUUUCCAUGGCAACCUAAAUAUAUUCAUUCAUUUCUCUCAUAAAAACUCCAUGCAGAGUAGAGUGGUAGCAGCACUGCAGAAUGGAGAAACUAACGUUUGGUGAUUUAUUAUUAAUAUCCCAUGUUAUCAAUACAAAUACAAACUUGCACUUCUCUAUCAUGUCUAUGGUUAUUUGUUUUGUACUAAUUAAUAACUCUCUGGUGUAAUCUCUUAAAAUUCUCUCAUCGUACUAUUUAAUUCCUAUUCCUUUACAGUACUUUCAUUGAGUAAAGAACUUACAAAUGUACUAUUUCUAAAAUCAUUAUACUCCAACCUUGCACUAAUACUAGUAGCUACUGGACGAUUGCUUUUUUUAAUGUGCAAAAAUGAAACUAAGGUAAGAACUAUCUUUAAAUCAUAUUUUGGCUCCAAAUUAUUUACAGUGUAAGAAAGAUGUACUACUUGGAACCCUAAAGAAUAGCUUUCAGCUGAAAAGGGUAUUCCACUCAUGAUUUGAAAUAAAUGAAUAGAUAAGUUAUUUCUCAUCAAUUGUUUUAGUCGCAUUUUAAUGUUCUAAGGAAGAAACUUAAUGUAUACUAUGUUUUCUCUUUACCAGUAUAUAUGAGUGUACUAUUUGACAUCAUUGUCAUCAUUGCACUUAAUAAAAAGAUAUCAAUUGCUCUAAAAACAUUACUUGAAGUGGAAAAAAAAUGGUCAUGAUGCCCAUGAUGGUAGUUUCGAAUCCUUAAUUCCAACUUUGCAUUCAAUGUACUACGUUAAGAUUGAUUUAUAUAAUUUGAUAUACUGGUACUAAAAAUAAGAAAGUAAAUGGUCAUAAUAUUGAACUAUUUCAAAUCCUACAUUCCAUCAGUGCACUCGAGAUACUACGUUAAGAUUGAUUUAUAUGAUUUGUUUUAUUAAUAAUAAGAAAAUAAAUGGUCAUGAUCUUGAUCUGUUUCAAAUACUACAUUCCAUCUUUGUGCUCGAGGCCCUAUAUUUUCAAUAUUUUACGGAGUUUUUAAGAGCUAAGAAAGGAUAUUGAUUGUGUAUUUAAAACCAUACUUUCCCUUCUUACACUAAAAGUUGUACUUAUUAGUUAUUUCUUUACAGAUUUUGUUUAAUACACCGAAAAGAAACUUAAAAGUCUACUUAUCGACUUGAAAAUCACACCUUUGCGCUGUUAUAAUCUUCGGUAGUUUUACAGAAAAAAAAUCAACAAAUGUAUCAUUUACAGUACUGAAUCUUCGUACUAAUUAGAUACAUAAUUAGUGUACUAUUUCAUAAUUAUACAUUUCCUCUUUCCUCCUAAGGCACGAUUCAUCGAUUGAUUCACAUUUUUUUUCUUAUGUUCUAAGUGCUAUAACGUGUUUUGACACAUUCCCUUUUUCGCUACAUAAUAACGUUUUACCGAAUUGCUUUUUUAAUGUGUAUUUUAAACUUAUAAGUUCCUUUCUAAUACUAAAAAUUUUAGAUCGAAGUACUUAUGUAACUUUCUGUAUUAUCUACCUUGUAUAUGCAGUACAUAUGUUUAUUAAAUUCUCUCUAGUCUUA